AUGUCCGGCACAGUCAAGCAAGCCGCUGAAGCAGCACGAUCCAGGACGUCCGAAGUUAUGGGCUCGGCCAAGGGCGUCCAGGGUGACACGGUUGCUGUCGCCAACGACUUCCUCCAUACGCCCUACAUGCGCGCUGCGCUGCCCUUCAUCAAUGGAGGGCUCAGCGGCAUGGUUGCCACCACGGUGAUCCAGCCUGUCGACAUGAUCAAGGUGCGCAUCCAACUUGCGGGCGAAGGCAAAGCCGGCGGUCCGAAAGCGACGCCCAUUUCGGUGACGCGCGAGAUACUGGCAAGCGGCAAGGCUCGCGAUCUCUACACAGGCCUGUCGGCCGGCCUGCUUCGCCAGGCCGUGUACACGACAGCCCGAAUCGGAUUCUUCGACACCUUUAUGGGCCAGCUUGCUGCCCGAGCCAAGGCCAAGGGGCAAACUGUAGGCUUCGGCGAGCGUGCGACGGCAGGGCUAACAGCCGGCGGCCUCGCGGCCAUGAUCGGAAACCCGGCGGAUCUUGCCCUGAUCCGAAUGCAGAGCGACGGGCUCAAGCCGUUGGCCGAGCGAAAGAACUACAAGUCGGUGAUUGAUGCGCUCAGCUCCAUUGCCAAAAGUGAGGGCGUUGGGGCACUGUGGGCCGGUGCAGCCCCAACUGUUGUGCGAGCCAUGGCGCUCAACUUUGGGCAGCUGGCCUUCUUCAGCGAAGCCAAGGCGCAGUUGAAGAUCAGGACGAACUGGACAAGCAACACGCAAACGCUGAGCGCCAGCGCCGUUGCCGGCUUCUUCGCCUCGUUUUUCUCGCUGCCCUUUGAUUUCGUCAAGACGCGGCUGCAAAAACAGAGCAAGGGGCCGGACGGGAAACUUCCCUACAGCAGCAUGGCCGACUGUUUUUCCAAGGUGGCCAAGCAAGAGGGCAUAUUGAGGUUCUACAGGGGAUUCGGGACCUACUAUGUGCGCAUCGCACCACAUGCAAUGGUGACGUUGAUCGUUGCCGACUAUCUCGGCUGGCUCACUAAGUAG